AUGGUCCUAAAUGUGGUCGUUAAUCUUAAUAGCUUAAUACCAAUAUCCAAGAAAAAUAAUUAUAUUUUCGAAAAACUAUGCUAUUAUCAACAAAUUUAUCAUCUUAUUAACGACUGCCCGUCGACGAUUCUGCUCGACGGGAUGGCCGAUUUGCCGACGGCCAGGAUACACAAAAUCCGUCCAGGCAACGUAUGCGACAAGCAGCCUGACUGUUUAGGCAACGCCAAAUACGUGAUUGGUACCAUAUUGGCCGUGGAUUGGCCAUUUAGGCAACGCACCACUAGUAAUUCGGUAGAUUAA